GCUGCUGCUGAGCUGCGACAUGGGCCAGAUAACAAGUUACGAGAGGAGCUUGUUGCAGAACUUAGACCUCAUCGCUAUUAAUCAAGACCCGCUGGGCAUCAUGGCCAAACCUUACUCCCUACACGAGCCUGUGACAAUGUGGAUGAAGCCUCACUUUCCGAUGAAGGGCGACAUAUAUCCGUCCUACUCUGUCGCGUUCGUUAACAUGGGUGAAGAAGAUGGUGCUGUCUCUUUCGCACCUUCGCAGUUCGGAUUGAAUUGUACGGACGGCUACAGUGUUAUGGACGUAUUUACCGGAGUGUUUUUAAAAAACAUAACGUUAGAAGAUGAAAUAAAUAUAACCGUUCCUCCGGAAGAUGUAAUACUGUACUCACUAUUUCCGUUAUAAGAAGAAAAUCAAGAUAAUUACUAGAAAUCACAAGAAUUUGCUCAAAAUUACAAUAGUUAUUUAGGGAAAUCUUUUCUAAUAUAGUUGGUAUUUUGUAUUGAUUUUUUCUUGUUAUAUGCACAAUUUUCUUAUUUAUGUCUCAUCCUUAGACUAAGGUCUAGUAGCAGUGUAACGGCUGUCUAAUAGGAGUUCCUGGAUUCGAUUCUCAAGCCGAGUAAAAUUUUGUAAGAGGUUUUUCAGAAUAGCUUUAUGUCACGCAAGCUAUAAUUCUAAGUGAAAUCUUGUACAGCAUGCUUGAAAAGUUGUGUUGCGUUGGCUCCACAUGAGAGUAGGGUUCUAGUAGAAGGCUAUGUACUUAAUUCAUUAAAAAAAAAUCUUAUAAAAGUUAAGUUGUUUUUAAGUGUUAUAAUAAUACUUAUAUCUGUGGAAAAUGGUGCAGAUCAUGCAUUUGAUUAAAGAUUAUGUAAAUAUGUGUACCUAAUUUGUUAUAUACAAUUGUUUAUUUAUCCUAAUAAGUAAAAUAAAAUAAAUAUUCAAAG